AUGAAGUUUGCUGCUGCUCUCCUCGCUCUUGUGGCUGUUGCCUUUGCCAUGCCGGCACCGACUGACGAGUCUACGGCUGCCGUGGCGGACGCAGAUCGCCGUCGUCGCUUGGAAAUCUCCUUUUGCCGCAUCGAAAACUUUCAAGACUGCGACAUCAUCGAGUCGGCCGAGCGUGAUGAGUGCAACAACGUCCCUGCUGCGCUCAACGACCGCAUCCGGUCCAUCAGCUUCCACGGUGCCGACCAGUGCACCUUUUACACGUACGUGGGAAAAUCAUCGCCCCCCAAUGCCAAUGGAAACCGGCAUGCUGACAAAAAGAGUGACGCCGGCUGCACGGGUCGCAGCUUCACGGAUUCCGGCUCGGUACCGGAGUUGCACAAGAGAUUCAAGGACCGCAUCAGCUCGUACCAGUGCAGCUAA